UGGAGUAGAAGAAAUAGAGAGAUCGAUUCCUCCUUCAUUUUGCUUUCGUUUUUGGCUUCCCCUUCCCCUUCUUUUUCUUUUUUUUAAUUCAAAUUUAAUUACUUCAAAGUAAAAAGAAAAAAAAGAUGAGGUUAUUGCAGCUGGGCUUCUUCCUAGCUUUAGCUUCCGGUCUCUCUGCUCUUCUCAUGUACAUCACCGGCGUCUCCGAUCUACAUGUGACCAAUUCACUAUCGAAUCAAGAUUUGGAAGCAUUGCAGUCUCUACAAAACGGUUUCAAGAAGUGCGUGGGUGUAAAUGGAUUAGGCUUACAAGCUGUGACUACUGGAAGUGAUUACUGUAAAGUUACUAUAAAUUUUCCUAGAGACACCGUCCCCAAAUGGAAAGAUCCUAAGACAGGAGAACUUGAAGGAUUAUCGUUUGAAUUUAAUCUAUGUGAAGCUGUGGCAACAUGGGAACAGGUGCGGAAUAGUACUACAAUACUCACGAGUGAGUUCAUUGAUGCUUUACCUAAUGGAUGGGAGGACUAUGCUUGGCGUAGGAUCAAUAAAGGAGUACUUCUUAACCAAUGCAAGAACAAAACUUUAUGCUUGGAGAAACUAUCACUAGUACUCCCUGAGACACCACCAUAUGUUCCAAGGCAGUUUGAUCGAUGUGCUGUCAUUGGUAAUUCUGGAGAUCUUUUAAAAACAAAGUUUGGAAAGGAAAUUGAUGAUUAUGAUGUUGUAAUUAGAGAAAAUGGUGCCCCAAUCAAGAAUUAUACAGAGUAUGUGGGCAAGAAAAGUUCAUUUCGUCUUCUUAACCGGGGAUCUGCUAAAGCCCUUGAUAAAGUUGUAGAGUUAGAUGAAACAAGAAAGGAGGUCUUGAUGAUUAAAACAACAAUACAUGACAUUAUGAACAAGAUGAUUCGGGAAGUUCCGAUAAACAAUCCUGUAUAUCUCAUGCUAGGUGCAUCUUUUGGAUCAGCAGCUAAAGGAACUGGACUCAAGGCUCUUGAAUUUGCUCUCUCUAUCUGUGAGUCAGUUGAUAUGUAUGGUUUCACUGUGGAUCCAGGAUACAAAGAAUGGACAAGAUAUUUCUCAGAAUCCAGGCAAGGUCACACUCCUCUCCAUGGAAGAGCUUACUACCAGAUGAUGGAGUGCUUGGGUCUUAUCAAAAUCCAUUCCCCUAUGCGAGCUGAUCCCAGCCGUGUUGUCCAUUCGUUACCAAGCCAGAGAACAAUUACAGCUGCUAGAAUUGCAUCAGAGAAAUUGUUGAGGAGGGUCGGAGCAGGAUCUGAAGACCCACUACGUGCAUGCUCCAUUAGAAAGAAGGUAGCAAAAAGAAAGUCUACAGCUAUCUCUGGUCUCAGAAAGGCUGCUGUAGAUCAUCAAAAUUUCGUUGAAGGCACAACCAUGUAUCCUUUGGAGCACCAUCCUGGACAUGGUCUCCUUUGCACACUGCCAAAAGAUUGAAUCAAAGAAAGCUAGAGUUGCACCGAAAUAGGUGAUGAAUUUGUUAAAUUACUGGCCAAUAUAAACCACUCACUAGCUGCUGUACUUCAAUUGCUCUGUUCAACAAAAUUUUGGUUCGAGUCAGAAGGCAACACAAAAUGUAGGUGAAAAUCAUUUUUUUCAGAAUUUUAAUUUUACGCGUAGCUUCAUUGUUCUUUUGACUAAUAGCAUCUCCCUAUCAUUUUUCCCUUUGAUCCCCUAGUCAUUUCUUCUCUUAUGUCAAGCCAUUUUCUGUUGUAAUUGGAUUGGACCAUUGUCGCCCUGCCUGUAUAUGUCUCUCAGUUGUUUUGAUGACACUAAACAAGGAAAACAAAAGGACAUUUAUGUA